GAAUUUAAGCCGUUUCAAAAUUAUUAUAUUGUCAGUUUCGUAAGAUAUAGGUACACAUAUCCAUAUCAGAUCAUGCAAAUUUGUUGCUGCUUUGCCAAACCUGCCAUUUAGACCUCUUUUGGAGCCAAGUGCCUGACAAUUUGGAGCGUCUAUAAGGGAGGCCAGCUGUGCUCUUCUACUCCCAGAAACUAUAAAAACAAAGAGCCGAUCCAAGUCAAUGCAUAUUCAGUUUUUGGCUUUUGCAUCAGCAGUAAUCUCCCAGAAAUGCAGCAAAUGUUGAUUAUUGUAUCGCUGGCUUUGUUGGCCAGUGUGGCAGCCGGACCUGCGGUUAAUCCCGCUUUGUUUCCGUCAGGAUCACCUUUUGGUUUCUAUUCAGGAUCUGCGGCUCCAUUUGCCGCCGCCUAUGCAGGUGCUCCUUUUGCUGCUGCACCUUUUGUUAAUCCUUUAGGUGCUCCUUUGGGUGCUUCUCCUCUGGCCAUUUCCAGCGGCCAGCGCUUGGACUACUUCAAUCAAUUUAAUGCCGCCUUUGCUCCGACUGCUCCGGCUCGCAUCCUGGCUGCUAAUCCAUUCGCAGCGGCUGGCCCUCGUUUCAUUCAACCAACUCGUUUUAUUGCUGCUGGGGUGCCGGCACAAUUUUUUGUUUAA